ACCGGAAGUUACAGCGUACUGCUGCGUUUAUUUUUCCAUGUAGCUAAAGUCUUUAACCUACUGGAUAUUUUUAAACUAAACCUUACAGUUUUCGAGGGAGGAAGGGCAGAGGACGUUGUUUGCUCAACACGGGAUUUUAAGGAGGAAGCACCAUGAUGGUCCCCAUCUUCACCCUAAAGCUGAACCACAAGAUUAACCCUCGCAUGGUGGCUGUAGGGAAAUAUGAUGGGAUUCACCCAUGUCUUACUGCAGCUACUCAAGCUGGAAAGGUGUUCAUCCACAACCCUCACACUCGCGCUCAGAGACCCGGCGCUCAUCGACUGAGCCAAAGCACCCAGGACUCCGACGUCUCCCUCCUCAACAUCAACCAGGCUGUGACCUGUUUGACUGCAGGGGUGCUUGGACCAAACACCGCCGGGGACACGCUGUUAGUGGGCUCUCAGACCAACCUGCUGGCCUAUGACGUCCAUGACAACGCAGACAUAUUUUACAGAGAGGUGACAGAUGGAGCGAAUGCCAUCGUGUUGGGAAAACUCGGUGACAUCCCUUCUCCUCUUGCUAUCAUCGGGGGGAACUGUGCCUUGCAAGGCUUCAACUACGAAGGAAACGACCAGUUCUGGACAGUAACUGGAGAUAAUGUGAGGUCUCUGGUGCUGUGUGAUUUCACUGGGGAUGGAAAAAAUGAGCUGCUGGUGGGAUCUGAGGACUUUGACAUCAGGGUCUUCAGAGAGGAUGAGCUGGUGUCAGAGAUGACUGAAAAUGAGACCGUGACAUCGUUGUGUCACAUGCACGGUAGCAGGUUUGGCUACGCUCUGGCUAACGGUACGGUUGGAGUCUACGACCGUACCGCUCGCUACUGGAGGAUCAAGUCUAAGAACCACGCCAUGAGCAUCCACGCCUUUGACCUGAACGCUGACGGAGUGGCGGAGCUCAUCACCGGCUGGUCCAACGGGAAGAUCGAUGCACGAAGCGACCGCACCGGCGAGGUCAUCUUCAAAGACAACUUCUCCUCCUCUGUAGCUGGAGUGGUGGAGGGAGACUACAGGUUGGACGGGCAGAAACAGCUCAUCUGUGCCUCCACAGAGGGGGAGGUACGAGGUUACCUGCCUGCCAGCAAGGACCUGAAGGGGAAUCUGAUGGACUCCAGCGCCGAGCAGGACCUGGUCCGAGAGCUCAGCCAGCGCCGACAGAACCUGUUGCUCGAGCUUCGGAACUAUGAAGAGAACGCAAAGGGCGUUCCUCAGUCCAACGGUGGGAUGGGGGUCAUCCCGGCCAACACGCAGCUGCAGACUGCAUUGUCAGUCAGGCCCGCUACAGAAGCCCAGAAGGCUCAUGUAGAGCUCAGCAUUUCAACACCCAAUGAAACCAUCAUCCGUGCGGUGCUCAUCUUUGCUGAGGGAAUAUUUGAGGGGGAGAGUCACGUUGUCCACCCCAGUGUCCAGAACCUGUCGGGCUGUGUCCGAGUCCCCAUCGUCCCUCCUAAAGACAUCCCAGUGGAUCUGCACAUCAAAGCCUUUGUUGGAGGCAAAACGUGCACGCAGUUCCACGUGUUUGAAAUCACACGCCAGCUGCCUCGCUUCUCCAUGUACGAGCUCACAGACGACUCCUCCACUCCUCUGCCCACAGGAAGGGUUACCUUCAGCGUCAACGACCGGCCGCAGAGGGUGGUGAUGUGGCUGAACCAGAACUUCCUGCUUCCAGAAGGAGUGGAGAGUCCAAACGUCACCUUCAGCUCACUCAGAGGAAGUGGACUUAUAUCCUUUAACAUGGCCGCUAACGGACAGAUCGUCCUGAGAACUGAUGACAUGGAUCUAGCAGGAGACCUGGUCCAGUCCCUGGCCUCCUUCCUGGCCAUAGAGGACCUGUCAGCAGAAGCAGAUUUCCCUGCGUACUUCGAGGAGCUCCGCAGCACCCUCACUGAGGUGGACGACUUCCACUCCGUCCAUCAGAAGCUAACUGCAGAAAUGGCCGACCACUCCAACUACAUCAGGAACAUGUUGGUUCAAGCAGAGGACGCCCGCCUGAUGUGCGACAUGGCCACCAUGAAGAAGCGGUACCGGGAGCUGUACGAUCUGAACCGGGACCUCAUCAACGAGUACAAGAUCCGCUCCAAUAACCACAACGCCCUUCUGGUCCGGCUGAAGUCCGUGAACCAGGCCAUCCAGAGAGCGGGCCGACUGCGAGUGGGGAAGCCGAAGAACCAGGUGAUCUCCGCCUGUCGGGACGCCAUCAAGAGCAACAACGUCAACACCCUGUUCAGGAUCAUGAGGGCCGGAGCUGCUUCCUCUUGAGGCUGAGAGGAGGAGGAGUCUCGAUGGGGCGGAGCU